UUUGUGUGUAAACAAAAUAUUUAAGAAACAUUUUGGAAUAAUAAAAAUAAAAUAAUACAUAACUUUAAAAAAUGAAAACAGUUCCGCAAAUUUUAAUAGUUCUAUUACUAAUAACAAAUAAUUUGGCUGAAGAUGAGGAAACUUUACAAAAUAUUGAAAUUACUACAAAAAAUCCUGUAGAGAAUACUACAACUAAAGUAGAAGAACUGGAGACAAUGCAUAACAUCACUACAGAAAAUUCUUUAGUUAAUGUGAUAUUGGAAACGACUUCGGAAGUUUCGACAGAUAUUAAGAAAAUGAAUGUUGAGACUUCUACCUCUAUAAGCGUUUCCGAUUCUGAAGAUUCUAAAAAGUUUAAAAACGAAAAAGUAAUGGAAACGGAAAAUCAACAAGAAUCCGUUUCUCAGUUGGAAAAUGAAAAGGAAGCAGUAACUAAAACGAGUCUUUCCGAUAAUAAAGUAUAUUCUGAUCAGAAGGAAAUUUCUGGAGAUUUUAUUAAGUUGGAAAACGAUGCUGUGUUAACUAAAAAAGGCCCUUCAGAAACUGAAGUAUAUUCUGAACAAGAAACAGUUUCUGAGUUAAAAAGCGGAAAUGAAGCUGUAACUAAGAAAAGCCCUUCUGAUAAUGAAGUUUUUUCUGACCAAGAAAUAGUCUCUAAAGAUUCCAAUAAGUUGGAAAGCGAUAAUGAAAUAGCAAUUAAAAAAUCUAAUAAAACCGAAACGAACAACGAGGAAAUAAGUUCUGAAAAUUCUAAAACUACAAACGAGGAACUUCCUAAUAUUAUUAAAGUUUUGCAACCUCUAACCAAUAACCAAGAAGAAAUUAAUGAUAAUUCGAAAAAGUCUGCAGAAUCUAUAAUAACAACAAGUAAGCAAAAAGAUAUUUUAGAUAUUUCUGAAAACUCUACAGAAUUUCUAAUAGAAGUCGUCACAACCACAGUGGUGAAUGAAAAAUCAUUAACUAAUACGCUAGAGGAUUAUGCGCUAAAACAAAUGAAUUUCAUAUUAGAUAAUUUGCUAAUAGAGACACAAGAAUUUAUAGCAAAAGUUUUACAGGCUUCGGUUAAUAUGGUAUUCCAAAGAGAUCAUUUAAAACGUUAUGCUGAAGGUUUAAAUCGUAUACUAAACCCCAAUACCGAUAGCGAGUACAGUGUUGAAAUUACUGAAGAUUCAAAAGUAUUAACUCAAGAUGAACUUUAUGAAGAAAUUAUACUUAAACUAAACUUUCUUAAAAGUAAACCUAGCCGCUUUUUGCAAAGACAUUUGCCGCAGCCCUGGAUUAAAGAUUAUCUUAAUAAAAGAAGCGAAUUAAUCAUAUGGCUGGAUAAGGCCUCCGAACAAAUGCAUCAGGAAUUUAAUGUUUAUGUAAACGAAGAAGAUGAUUAUAUUAAAUAUCAAUAUUUCAAUGAAGCAUUUGAUGAUAUUUCACGAGCCACCGAGAUCCAUCAAAAACUGGCCUUAUUGGCUGAUUUAGUUCAAAUAGUUAAAAAUAAGAAACAAAUCACUUUUAUGGAUUUAUACAUGCAAACAUAG